CUCCAUUCCUUUUCCAACUCAACGUCAGUCUGUCAGAGACCCUCUGAGCGCACGCGCUCACACACACACACACUCACACACACUCUGUGCCCCUCUCACACACUUACGCGGGCACUGACGCACAAACACAGGCUCGCUCCGUCGGACCCGGGAGGAAAGGAAAGGAGAGAGCUACUGUUUAUUUGCCUCCAACUUCUCUCUUUGCUUCUACUUGUGUCUUUAUGUCUCUUCUUAUCCACCAAUGCGAGGAUUUUAUUACUGUUAUCACUGUUAUUAUCACUGUUGUCCCGAACUAAGGAAAACCAGUUUAAGGACCAGACGGGAGUAUGUAAAAUAAUCCGCACGACUGAGCAAAACAAGAAGAAAAGAAAUGGAUAAACGGAGUUAUUCUCUCGUUUUGCCCGCGGCUUUCCUCUACUUUGUACUUUUGGGAUUUACUGGCGCACAGUUUUUUCCAGGUGGCUGUACAUUUGAAGAGUCAUAUAGCAGCUGUGGGUACAGCGUUUCUCUAGGAACCAAUGGAUUUACCUGGGAACAAGUCAACUCCUGGGAAAAACCCACCAUGGACCCUGCUCUGCCUACUGGUUCGUUCAUGGUGGUGAACGCGUCAGGCCGGGCGUCGGGGCAGAAGGCUCACCUUUACAUGCCCACCCUGAAGGAGAAUGACACCCACUGCAUCGACUUCCUGUACUCCCUGUCCAGCCGGGACGGAGCCAGCCCGGGCACGCUCAACGUCUACAUCAAGGUGAAUGGAGGUGCUCAGGGUAACCCAGUAUGGAACGCCUCCGAUACUGUCACUGAAGGCUGGGUGAAGGCUGAGCUGGCCAUUUCUACAUUCUGGCCUAACUCCUAUCAGGUGAUAUUUGAAGCAGUUUCAGUUCAAGGCCAUCCAGGUUUCAUCGCCAUCGACGACAUACGAGUUCUGGCUCACCCCUGCCGUAAAGCACCUCACUUCUUGCGUCUGCAGAAUGUGGAGGUCAACGUGGGUCAGAAUGCUACGUUUCAGUGUACUGCUGGAGGAAAAUGGUCUCAGCAUGAUAAACUCUGGCUACAGCAGUGGAACGGUAAGGACACAGCGUUGAUGGUGACCAGGGUUGUGAACCACCGGCGUUUCUCUGCAACCGUCAGCGUCGGUGACACAUCCCAGCGCAGCACCAGCCGCUACCGCUGCGUCAUCCGAUCAGACGGCGGGUCAGGGGUGUCCAACUAUGCUGACCUCAUCGUUAAAGCUCCACCCACUCCCAUCGCUCCGCCUGAGCUUCUCGCUGUCGGCGCCACCUACCUUUGGAUCAAACCCAAUGCCAACAGCAUCAUCGGCGACGGGCCGAUCAUCCUGAAGGAGGUGGAGUACCGCACCACUUCAGGGAACUGGGCGGAGACGCACGUGGUGGACUCCCCCACUUAUAAACUGUGGCAUCUGGACCCAGAUGUGGAAUACGAGAUCAAGGUCCUGCUGUCCAGACCUGGGGAGGGAGGAACGGGGCCUCCGGGGCCGCCGCUGGUCACCAGGACUAAAUGUGCAGAUCCAGUCCACGGUCCCCAAAAUGUCAAUGUGGUGGAUGUCAGAGCCCGCCAGCUGACCAUACAAUGGGAGACGUUUGGGUAUGCUGUGACACGCUGCCACAGCUACAAUCUGACGGUGCAGUACCAGUAUGUGUUUAACCAGCAGGAGUUUGCAGCAGAGGAGUUGAUCCAGACGUCGUCACAUUACACCCUGAGGGGGCUGAGGCCCUUUGUCACGGUCAGGCUGCGGUUGGUCCUGGCCAACCCCGAGGGCAGCAAGGAGAGCGAGGAGAUAGUCAAACAGACAGAGGAGGAUGUGCCUGGCUCAGUGCCGAUGGAGUCGCUGCAGAAUACGCCCUACGAAGAGAAGAUCUUCAUGCAGUGGAAAGCUCCCAACGAGACCAACGGGGUCAUCACACUGUAUGAGAUUACCUACAAAGCCCUGAGCUCGUUGGACCCCAGCGCUGAUCUGACGACCCAGAGGGGACGGGUGUUCAAGCUGAGGAACGAGACCCAUCACCUGUUCGUUGGUCUUUACCCAGGGACCACCUACUUCUUCACCCUCAAAGCCUCCACGAACAAGGGCUUUGGCCCGCCCGUCACCACCCGCAUCACCACCAAGAUAGCAGCCCCCAUGAUGCCAGAGUACGAAUCUGAGGCUCCACUGAACGAGACAGAGACCACCAUCACCAUACUGUUAAAGCCCGCCCAAUCACGUGGUGCACCUAUCAGCUCCUACCAGCUCGUUGUGAAGGAGGAGCGCAAGUCCAAGACCCGCCGUGCCACCUCCGAAGCCCCCGAAUGUUUCUCUGCACCUGUCAGUUUCCGCAAUGCCUCCAUCUUGGACUCGCCCUACUACAUCGCUGCUGAACUGCCCCCAUCCAGCCUCACAGUUGUACAGCCAUUCACGGUGGGAGACAACAAGAGCUACGGCGGUUUCUGGAAUCCUCCGCUGUCACCAGCCAAGAGCUACAGCAUCUACUUCCAGGCCAUGAGCAGAGCUAAUGGGGAAACCAAAAUCAACUGUGUCCGCCUGGCUAACAAAGUGGUAAUAGGUAGGGGACAAAUAACAACGCCGUACAUUCUAGUCAUCCCAAGCGAAGGUGCAUCCACCCAGGACUCAGAUGCAAUGGAGCCAGAGAAGCAGGUGGACAGCACAGUGAAAAUGGCUGGAGUGAUCGCAGGAAUCCUCAUGUUCAUCAUCAUCCUCCUCGGCGUUGUCCUCACCUUCAAACGCAGAGAGAUUCACACAUGGAGAACUCUGAGCGUGGGAAAGUUGGCGAAGAAGCAGAAGGAGACUGCCAGCAGCUCCACCCAGCAGAGGGAGAUGGGUCCGGUCACCACAGCUGAUAAGAGCACCACUAAAGUCAGCACCCUGCACAAAGACGACCCCUUCUCCACUUCCAACCAGGACCUCAACGGAUUCACCUCCCCCUCUCCCUGCUCCUUCUCUGUGCAGGGAAGCAAGACACUGCAGAGCAAAUCCCUGCUGAAUUCCUACUACUCAGUGUCCAAAGAGCCAGUUCCAGCCACAACUUCUAUAGACAGUAGCCAGCCGUCACUCGCCCAGCCCUCUCUGACCCUGCAGAGUUUUCCCUAUGGAGGGUGUGAGUCUGUGGAGCUCUCCUACCAGAGUGGUCAGUUCCAGGCAGGCCAGUUUCAGCCAGCUAUUCGAGUUGCAGACCUCCUGCAACACAUAACCCAGAUGAAAUGUGGACAGGGCUAUGGUUUCAAGGAGGAAUAUGAGGCCCUGGCGGAGGGACAGACGGCGCCCUGGGAAACAGCCAAGAAGGACGAGAACCGCAACAAGAAUCGCUAUGGCAACAUCAUCGCUUACCCCUCAGACGAUCACACCAGAGUCCGACUGCAGCUGCUGGAUGGAGAUCCCCACUCUGACUACAUCAACGCCAAUUAUAUUGAUGGGUACCAUAGACCCAGACAUUACAUCGCCACACAAGGGCCCAUGCAGGAAACAGUGAGAGAUUUCUGGAGGAUGGUCUGGCAGGAAAACUCAGCCUCUAUCGUCAUGGUUACCAACCUGGUGGAGGUGGGCAGGGUGAAGUGUGUGCGUUACUGGCCGGAUGAGACAGAGGUUUAUGGAGACAUCAAGGUGACCCUGAUAGAAACUGAACCAUUGGCUGAAUAUGUCAUACGGACAUUCACCGUCCAAAAGAAGGGUCAUCAUGAGAUCCGCGAACUCCGUCAGUUUCAUUUCACCAGCUGGCCCGACCAUGGCGUUCCCUGUUACGCCACUGGACUGCUUGGCUUCAUACGACAGGUCAAGUUCCUCAACCCGCCUGAUGCUGGGCCUAUAGUGGCACACUGCAGUGCUGGUGCAGGAAGGACGGGCUGUUUCAUUGCAGUGGACAUCAUGCUGGACAUGGCAGAGAAUGAAGGUGUGGUGGACAUUUUCAACUGCAUCCGAGAGCUGAGAUCACAACGAGUCAACAUGGUCCAGACAGAGGAGCAAUAUGUGUUUGUCCACGAUGCCAUCUUGGAGGCGUGUCUAUGUGGGAAUACAGCCAUACCCGUGUGUGAGUUCAGAGCCAUUUACUACAACAUCAGCAGACUGGACCCACAGACCAACUCCAGCCAGAUUAAAGAUGAGUUCCAGACUCUGAACAUAGUGACCCCUAGAGUCCGUCCAGAGGACUGUAGUGUGGGUUUGCUACCCAGGAACCACGACAAGAAUCGCAGUUUGGAUGUUCUAUCAGCAGACCGAUGCCUGCCUUUCCUCAUAUCUGUGGAUGGAGAGAGCUCCAAUUACAUCAAUGCUGCAUUAAUGGAUAGCCACAAACAGCCAGCGGCCUUCAUUGUUACCCAGCAUCCUUUGCCAAACACCAUGGGCGACUUCUGGAGGCUGGUGUUCGACUACAACUGCUCCUCCAUUGUAAUGCUCAAUGAGAUGGAUGCAGCGCAGUUAUGCAUGCAGUACUGGCCAGAAAAGAGUUCGUGUUGCUAUGGUCCCAUUCAAGUCGAAUUCAUAUCGGCAGACAUCGAUGAAGACAUUAUCAACCGAAUCUUCAGGAUCUGCAACAUGGCCAGGCCACAGGACGGUUACCGCUUGGUGCAGCACUUCCAGUUCAUCGGCUGGCCGGCCUACAGGGACACCCCUCUCUCUAAACGUUCUAUCCUCCAGUUGGUCAGGAGGUUGGCUAAGUGGCAGGAGCAGUAUGACGGAGGAGACGGGAGGACCGUGGUACACUGCCUUACCGGUGGAGGGCGUUCUGGAACGUUCUGUGCCAUCUGCAGCAUCAAUGAGAUGAUCCAGCAGCAGAACAUUGUGGAUGUUUUCCACACCGUCAAAACACUGAGGAACAACAAGACUAAUAUGGUGGAGACUAUGGAACAGUAUAAGUUCUGCUAUGAAGUGGCGCUAGAGGCGCUCAGCUCCUUCUGAUUGGCUGUGAGCUGAAAUUCUCUUUUCUGAUUCGCCGUUGAAGCUGCCUGUCAUUCUCAACGCAACACUGGGAUACACAAAGUGCAAAACUGCUUUGUGUUGACCCGAACCCAACCUGUAAGCAUGUGUGCCUGUGUGUGUGUGUUUGAGUGUGUGAGAGGGCAUGCUUGGGUGCUUGCAUAUUUGAGUGUGUGUGUGUGUUUGUGUGUGUGUGUGUGUGUAUCUAUCUAUGUGUGUGCCUGUGACAACACACACACAACCUGUACAGAAGAGGGGAAAAAAGUGUCAAACAUACACACUGGUGAUUUUCAUGUGUGUUAUCGCUUCAGCGAGACUGGGGACUUUACAUGCUUGUACAAAGAAAAAAGAAAAAAUGAUGUGUUGAAAAACAAAAUCAGAUGUUUAAAAAAACGCAACUUUUUCCUUCUCUCUCUCUGUCCUCUCUGCUGGGCUGUGAUGUGACUAUUGUACAGUAUUAACUUUUUAGAUAUAUUCUACGCCUUGAAUGUUGUCUCCCUCUUAAGACUGGAUGCACACUCGAAGAUUUUUUGGGAACAUUCACAUUUAGCUGAGGUUCAAGUGAUGCCUUGACUCUGCAUUUUGGACUCCAAUAUUUAUCCACCCUGAGUAUUUAUAGAAAGUAAUGAAACUUGUUUGGUUGAGUUUAGCUGAAAUGUGGAUGUUGUUAUUGAUGAUUCACUUAGCUGGAUCAAAGCAAAAACCGUGUUAAUAUUUCUGGCAUUUUUCUUUGAAAUCACAAGCUGAUGAAUUUCCUUGCAGCUAGGGCCUCUUGACAUGCGUCACAUUUAAAUGCUAAUGAUACUUGUAAUUCAGUAAUUGGUUACAAAAAUUCUUAGUAUGGCUUCUUUUCCUUCAUACUGCAUCAAAGCAAAGUCAUUUAUGGCUUUCUUUUGACAAACAGUUUUGCUUUUACUGGGGGAAAAAACGGUUGCAAAUACUGUUAAAACAGGAAGAAGUGGCAUGCCACAGCACUAAACAGACAAAAGAAAAAAAGACCAAAUCUUGUUGUUGUUGUUAUCUCUGUUCCAGGUUUUUUUGUUUUGUUUUGUUUUGUUUUUUUAAUCGGGGUUGUAAGAAAAAAAAAGUUUCAUAAAUGUUUUUGGAUGGCUUUAUGUAAAGUCAAUCUGGUCAAAGUCUUAUAGUGUGCAUCCACCCUUACUGUAAAUAAGAUAAGACAACCACAGUCAAACAAACAGACAAACAACAUGCACCAGACACAUUACAAAUAAAGGUUAUCAUUUCAAAACACUAUCACUCUAAAAAGCUGUGUCAGUGUCAUUUUCAGCAACUCUGUGAUUAUGGUUUGGAAAAAAGUCUUAUGUCACCUUACUACAAACUGACAUGUUUAUAUUUUUGCAUAUUGUACAUUUAGCUGACGCCCACAUUCAGAGUGACCUACAAUGAGGAAGCAGAUUAAGUUGUAUCCUUAAGGAGACUUUUAGAAAGAACAUGGCUGUUUGGUUUGAACUUGUGAUGCUCUGGGUACAGGACACUUUUUCAAACAACCAGGUCACCCUGCAUCUCUUAUGUGGCAUGAACUGCACUCACAUAUGUACUUGAUGAAAAUGAAGACAUCCAUACGGUCAUUCCAGAUGAAAAACUAAACAAAAUGUAUUCUACUUGUUCUAUUUUUUAUUUAUUUAUUUAUUUUUUUUGUCCAGUUGGUUUAUGUGGUUUUGAAUACUUGCUUUGACUUGAAACUGCUGAAAAGACAAUGAACAAACUGGGAUAAAUUAUUAACUGAAAUAGACUGAAAUUAUUAAAAGCAAUCAAUAAAUACAGUGUAGCUUGUAUAUUUAUAAAGUUGGUUUUGAAUAUUUGGACUUAACCUAGGCUAUGAAAAUUGUGUAUUUGCAAUGCAAAAUACAUACAGGGAAACAUGACAUCUUUGCGCACAUUGUUUUUCCCAUUAUAUAUUAGUAUUAGACAAGCGUUAGUCUCUAAAAUAUGAUCAUUCAAAGAAAUUCUGAAAUUAGUUGCAAAUCAGAAUUGGACAUGAAAGACUGCAGUGUAAAGUUUACCCACGGUGAUUAAAAAGAUAGAUUUGUUAAGUUUCCUUGAUUUAGAUCAGAUCCAUAAGCCAUAGUAUGUUUCAUGUAAUGCAUUCUGGAUACAUUUCAGUGAAAAAGAAGCUUGGGGAUUAGACCGUUUUCCGAGCCUGCCAUCUAUCAUUAAAAUUACAACACAAAGGCAAAGAGACAGGUCACAUUUACUUUUCCUCUGUAAACAAAGCCUCAAACAAAUUUGCUUUUUUCUAAGCCCAUUGAGGUGUGCAGGUUUAAAAAUUCAUUUGACAAACUCACUCCUCAGUCUAAUAGGAAAUUAUUAUUAUCUCAGUUGAUGGUUGACCCCAGGGUGGAAGAAGGUCAACAUGGCUGACAGUUCAGUUGCCACUGCAGCUCAAAAGGACAUGUGUUGGAGAGUGGGAGUUAAUGAGAAUUAUACAGGAUGUGACGCUGACCUCAGCUUCCCAUUAUCUCCUCAUCUGAUCAGACUUUUGUCUUUUAAUGUUUUACUUUCUCUGUUGCCCAUUUGAAGAUGUGAGGAAGACAACAAGCUAAUUUGAAAGAUGCACUUCCUGUUUUUGUUUUAGCACCCUCUGAACUGUUUUGAGUCAAAAGAACUGCGAUAAUAUUUAGGGAUUCUUGGGCACUUUUGGGGACUAAAGCAUAGUGAAAGUGUAGGCUGAGGUAAUAUGGCCGAUAAAAGAACAUGACACCAGAUUAAGGGCUUCAUUUUCAAAUAUCAGAUCUGUUUUAGAAGAAUCAUUGAAACUAAUGACAAAAGUAAUUUUGUAAGCCAAUAGCUUAAAAAAAACUAAUUGUAACCCAUAAUGUGAUUUACUUGUAUGUCAGCCGUCCAUUCAUACCAACAGCUGUCAGUAUUUUGAGACAAUUGAUUACCCAGUUUGGAAUGAAACUUCACAUUUCACAAAGGUGAAGGUCUGGUGAACAUUUGUUUAGUUAGCAAAGUUUGCUCGUAGGUGUCAAUGCUCUUGACCAGAACUGGCAUACUUGUGGCAAAAUGUUGUGGCAAACUGUUCAGUCUGCGCUUAUGUUAUUUUUGUUUGCUGGAGUCCAGUCAGGCUUCUAAAUGGACAUAUCAAGACAAAGACAGUAAGAGUGUUGUAUUGAAGACAAUGUGAAUGCCAGAAAUGUUUAUCAUUUUUAUUCCCACUACGGCUUUAUUUUAUUGGCUUGGUUCAUGGUCGUUCAUCUGUAUUAUAUAUUUUGUUUGUUUUCUUUGACAUUUUUUUGGCCUGAAUUUGUAAAUUUCUUUUGUAUAAUUAUUAUUCUGAUGAUUAUUUGUCUUGCAAAGUGUUGUUUAGAUCUGGUGAUGCCAUUACCAUUGGUUGUUUAGUUGUUUGAAAUGUGGUUACAUGAAAUAAAGGGACCAAAAUCUUGAA